AUGGGGCGAAAAGAGAUCAUCUGCAGCUGGAAGAAAAAUGUCAACAACAUCAAGGAUGUGUUUGAUUUCAAAGGAAAAAUGGGAUCGGGGUCAUUCUCCGAGGUUUACAUGGUGAGAGAAAAGAAGAGCGGUCAGCUUUAUGCCCUGAAAUGCCUGAAGAAGAAGCACCUCGCCAACAGCAAUCUGGAAAAUGAAAUCAACGUACUGAGGAGGAUAAAGCAUGAGAAUGUUGUACGGUUGGAGGACUUCUAUGAAAGCCGGACACAUUACUACCUGGUCAUGCAGCUAGUGUCUGGCGGUGAACUGUUUGAUCGCAUUUUAGACAAGGGGGUUUACACCGAAAAAGAUGCAAGCAAAGUUAUCAAACAGGUGCUGGAGGCUGUCGGCUAUCUUCAUGAAAACGGCAUCGUGCACAGAGAUUUAAAGCCUGAGAACCUGCUGUACGAUAACAUGGAUGAAAACUCUAAGAUCAUGGUCAGUGACUUUGGUCUGUCCAAGGCUCUUGAACAUGGAGUGAUGUCUACAGCUUGCGGUACACCAGGAUAUGUUGCUCCUGAGGUUUUGGCUCAGAAACCCUACAGCAAAGCAGUGGACUGCUGGUCCAUUGGAGUCAUCACAUACAUCCUGCUCUCCGGCUACCCUCCUUUCUUUGAGGAGAACGAGACUCAGCUGUUUUCAAAGAUCAUGAGGGCUGACUAUGCCUUCCAUUCACCUUUCUGGGACGACAUCUCUGAAUCAGCCAAAGACUUCAUUCGGAACUUGAUGGAAAAAAACCCAACGACGCGCUUCACCACUGAACAGGCACUCCGACAUCCUUGGAUUGCUGAGCACACGGCCAAAGACCUGGACAUCUAUCAGUCCGUCUGUGAACAGAUGGGGAGAAACUUUGCCAAAUCUAAAUGGAAGCAGGCCUUCAAUGUAGCCUCAGUUGUCAACCACAUGAGGAAACUACAGCUUUCCCACACAGAGGCAUACCCAUCACCCCUCCCUCUACCCAACAUCGUGGUAGAGUCUUCUCUAGAGUCUGACUCAGAGCUGCUAAAACCCCGCUGUGAGAAGGACGCCCCCCUGGAUUCUAACGGGAACCCUAUUGUGACGGCUCAUCAUCUAUCAAGCACAACCACAGAGUCAGGCAGAGGGAUCUGUCCAUCUCUUAUCUCCAUCCACAGCCAACCUGGAGGCGCACCCACUGCAGAGGGUGCCCAUAGCUUCCAUUCACAGGAUGACACCCAUUUUAGACCUUCUCAGAGCUUGGAUGUUGUGGCUCAGAGGAAGGAACAACCGUUUCAGUCUGGAGUCUGCACGCUCAUGUGACGAACAGAAUCACC